AUGUGCCUCGCCCUCCCCUUACGACAAGAUGAACACAAAUUGGGGGAGAGGUUUGAUUACUAUGACUUGGAGCUCAUAUGCUACUCUUGGAUACAAUUAAGAAAGGAGUCUUACAAUAGAAAUAGCAAAUUUCAUAUCCACACGACUGAGGCUGAGUUAGACGCGCAGAAACCAGUCAUCUUUCGCACUGCGUUUAACCAAUUGUCGUAUUAUGCAGUACAAUACUAUAUACUAAUGAUAUUGCCUAAAAUCAAAGAUCCCAUUGCGGCAAACGUUUUUACAGUUGCCAUGCAACAUGAUAUUUCUGUAAGGAAAACGUUUGCAAAACGGGCGAGCGCGGCGAAGGUGAAGGUAUUGCUUCGCGCCAGUCGCUUGCCCGAGAGAGAGCUAAGCACACGACGCUUGCGCGGGUGCGUUUACACUUCAUUUUGGCCAUUGACGCGCGCGCAACUU